AUGGCGAAAAAGAAGAAGUCGCAGAGUCAAGGCGCCGGUGUGGAAGCAGGUGACGCUGCAGUAGAGCAUGGGAAGGCGGCCCCAGCCACUGACGCCUCGAAGAAAGAGGAACCUUCACAACCACAACCUCCCACCCUGGUCAUAUGUCGCAACAAGCACUGGCGCUAUAUAUCCUCUUACCACGGUCCAUGGCUCAACCUUCCCCCCGAAGUCCUCGAAACUCUCGCCCACAGCAACUAUUACUCCCCUCGGCCACAGCCAAUAGACCCUGCUGUGUUCUUUGACCUAGUCAAGAUUCGACGCCUCAUCGACGAUGCUACCAGCCUUUCUGUUCGAGCUGCUAAUGGCACAACUGCGGCAUCCUUGACCAGCUCCCUCAAUUCGAGUCACGGUUAUCUGAAUGGCGCUGAUGCAGAGCUCUUGGGCAUUGGCGCGUCAAGAGGCGGAGGGGGCCAUGCCAAGCUGAGUCGCGAGAGGAAGUUUCGAAUGCGUGAACAUGCCACCUCAAAGCUGUCCCACGCUUAUCGUCUGGACGAAAUAGCUGCAAGCGUCGCAAUUAUGCAGGCUGCUUCGGCACUGGAAGAGGUUGCCAAGCACGUCUUGACCAGGAACGAAGAUGACCCCGACGCUCAAUAUGUUCACUUUUUCCAUGAGAAGAUCCCUUCUCGUGCCAUGGCAGAGAGUACGAGCCUGAAGCCUCUGUCCGACAUUAUCGCCCAACGUCCGACUGAGGCUGCCACCUAUCGUACCAGAGCUGUCACACGCAUCUUCAAGGAUGACUACCAUGGUGCCGCCAGAGAUCUAACCGAAGGCCUGGCUAUCCAACGCCUCUAUCACGGCCACCGAAGUGACCAGCUUGAGCUCAUUCUCGCCAAGGAUGCUGCCAAAUUAACUCAAGGAAAGUUGGAUGAUGAGGACCACCCGAGCAGCAUGGAACCCCAGCUGCUGUUUCUGAGAGCCAACGUGUAUCUAACCUUGGCCUGUCAGAACAUUGCUGCUGCUCUUCACCGUAGUGCUGCCACCUCCGCACAACCUCCUGGUGAAGAACUGUCUCUGCCAGAAAGUCAUCAACAAAAAGAAGAAGCCAGAGCUCGUAUGGAGGCUCGCAAGCUCGUCCGCACCUACGCAAAACGUGCUCUGAGGGACUACACGGCCUUUCUUUCUCAUUUUGAUUACACACCAGGGCUGUCGGCCGAGUUCACCGAAGCAUUUCUCGAUAAGGUCGCCUCAAUGACUAAUGGUUCAAAUGGUGCCUCGCGAAGUCAGAAAUUGCUUGACGUAGACGCUCAUUCCCAAAAUGGCCUCUCCGAAGCCCUGGUCAAGUACGAGCGUCGUCGCAACCAGAAUACUAAUGACCAGUUCCCUCAAAUCCCUAAGCCGGCCGUCCACAAAGUUAGCGACCUCUUCAAUCCCGUCCCACCCGCAGGCAUGCCGCCAUAUCCACCUGACCCGAAUACUGCUCAGACUCGUUCACAUCCCAUUUUCAGCCUGCCUGACUUUUCUGAAGCAGUGACUUAUCACCCCUUGCUCACUGACGUUUUGCACAGUCUCUUGCUCUGCCACUGCCUUGUUCAGACGAGUGUAAAAGAACACCAACGUCACGCAUAUAUGGCUGCCCGAGUUGCCCGAGUCUGUGACGGCUACCCUAUCUUUCUUGCUACUCGUAGUCCAUCUCGUGCUGAUUGGAUUGAGGUACUCCGGAAAACUAAGAAUUGGCUCGGUCUUGAGCAGACUUGGGAACGACUGUGUAUGCCUUCGUUGGAUAAGGAUCGACGCAGACGCGGUAGCAUGCUUAGUAAGACCAACGGCAACAGCAAAAAAGGCUCGAGCAAUGCAGUCUUGGCAAAGAGGCGUGAGGAUACCGUCAGCAGUGGCGACAAGAUCGAGCGGAUCAAACAGGAUGCUGUCCGCGAAGCUCUGGCUGAUGAAAGAGUCGUCGACGAAGACACAUUCCGCCAAUCUGUCCGUGCUCGUGAAGCUCGUGCUAUUGCUGCAGAGGACGAGGAGAUGCGCAAAGAAUACAACAACAUUUCUCCUUCUCGUGCGAAAGCAACACCCCUGACCAAUGGCGCAUCAACCACCGAGAAUGGAGCAAGCCCAAUAUCUUCACGAAAGCCCUCUUACGAUGCCAUCAAAGAGAAGGACUUCUCUACCGCGACCGAACGCGCUGAGAUGAUCGCCAGAUGGAUUCGUGAAGCCCUUCCACCAGGUGCAUCAACCCAAGGUGGCACCACCAAAAAGAAAGGCACCAAGAAAUUCACAGCUCAAUCAAGACUACGUAAGCAAGCGAGCAACACGAGUGCUGUGAGCAACGGCAGCACGGCAACUGGAUUGGAAAGAAGUGUAGAGAGUUUGGAUGUGGUUGACUAA